GUUUAGUUAUCUUAGGAAUACAGGCUUUUUUUGCUUGGAAAAAUAGUAAAACCAACCAAGAAAGAUUAGAAAUAGAACACGACAAAGGAAAAAUUUUAGACAUUACCAAAAUGGAUCCGCCUUUGGGAAUUAAAGGGCUAACCACAGUCGGACCCGGAAAUUUAGUUUAUCCGGAAGUAAUCAAAAAACAUUUUACUGCGAUUUUAGAAGAUAUUGAUGACCUAAUUAAUGCCGGUCAA